UCAAUUUGUUUACAAACAAAACAUCUGGCGCUUGCUGACUAGCACCGAAGCCAGUUUCUUGUAUUCCAGGUUCAAAAUCCAUGUCUACCGACGAUGACAACUGGUCAAUCCAGUGCUGCGAACUGGAUGACCUGGUGCCGUCUCCAGAGGAACUGGAAGACGCAUACGCUGCAUUAGAAAAUGGAACCUACUCGCUUGAGUUGAACUGGAAGUGUCCCGGCCGAAGGCCUCCCUCACCGGUACAGAAGGACGAACCAAAGGUAGCGGAGGUCGUGGAAAAGGAAUCACCAACCAAAAACAAAGAGUUUGAUUUCAUGGACGACGUUGCCCUGCCACAGAUGCGUGUCCGAACGCAAAACAGCGGACCGAAGGGGUCCGCUAAAAAGAAGACAACCAAUUUCGCUGGUGUUCUAGAUCAGAUGAAGAAACAUGGGCGGCUAACGCCGCUGAAAGAGGGUGCUAGUAGCGCGGGUUCCAGUGGGACUGCCAGUACACCCACCACCGGUGGAAGCGUACCGUCUAGUUGAGCUGUUCGAAUUAAUAGUUUAGAAAAUAAGAGUAAAACGUAUUAAUCGG